AUGGUGCUGCAUCCGGCAAUACUGGCGUCCAGGGAGGGAAACCUCUUGAUCUUGAAAGAGUUGUGUGCCGCUGGGUCUCUGACCCCGGACAUCACUGACCCCCUGGGGGCCUCCCCUGUCCACCACGCUGCUCGCUGUGGCCGCCUCGACUGCCUUCGCUUCUUGGUAUCCGAGGCGCAUCUCCCUGGCAACCUAGAAGCCAGAAAUGGGGCUACCCCAGCCCACGACGCUGCUGCCACUGGCCACCUGCCAGAGCUGCAGUGGCUGAUCAGCUCUGGGGUCUGCAACUUGGAGGACAGGGACAGUUCGGGGGCGACAGCGAUGCACCUGGCCGCUCGGUUUGGUCACACAGAGCUGAUGCAGUGGAUGGUCCAGGCAGGCGGGGGAGCAGGGAUAGAGACGGACUGUGGGGCGCUGCCAGUUCACUACGCCGCCGCUAAGGGGGACCUCACCUGCCUCAAACUCCUAGUCAGCCAUGAGCCAGGGUGUGUGAACCGGCAGACGAGGAAUGGCGCCACGCCCCUCUACCUGGCAUCACAGGAGGGGCACCUGCACAUCGUGGAGUUCCUGGUGAAGGACUGCGGUGCCAGCGUCCUCCUGCGGGCUCAGGACGGCAUGACCGCGCUGCACGCCGCAGCUCACAUGGGCCACCACGCCCUGGUCGUCUGGCUGGCCUCGUUCACAGACCUGAGCCUCUCAGCACAGGAUAACGAGGGAGCCACGGCACUGCACUUUGCUGCCAGCGGGGGGCACCACAGGAUCCUGGAGCGUCUCCUGCGCAUGGGGGCAAAGGUCAUUAAGGACCACUGGGGAGGAACCCCCCUGCAUGACGCAGCCGAGAACGGAGAGCUUGAGUGCUGCCAGAUUCUGGUGAUGAGCCAAGUGGACCCUCGAUUCCGAGACAGAGACGGAUACACAGCUGGGGACCUGGCUGAAUACAACGGGCACUAUGAGUGUGCCAGGUUCCUGAAGGCAGUGCAAGAGUCAUUUAUGCUAUGUCCAAAGACCUGUUAUGAAGAGCUCGGUCAGUGCCGAGCUGUUGUAGUCGAGUCAAUCGAAGUCGGCGCCGAGGAGGAGCACCCCUCCCCAGCUAACAGCUCUCUGUUGGUGAUCAGCAAUAACGAGGUGGACAAACGAUCAAAGACAGCCGUGUCAAGGCAUACCACUACUGGAGACUACUAUCGCUCCCUCACAGAAGGCAGCAGGGACUCGCACAGCUACAGUGCGGGGAUGGAGAAUGGCAAGAAGCAGCCCCUGGUCAGCCCUUCGCUGGGCAUGCCUCCACCCCCUCCAGCACCACCUUUACCUCCAACCAAGAACUCAGGGGCCCAGAAAGCACCAGCACCCAGACAGGAAAGGACAUCUACAGAGAUUAAAUCUUUCAACAUGACGCUGCCCAGUAACGACAACAAACAACUGUUUGAUGAAAUGAAGACGACAAAAACAUUGAAGCACGCAGGAAUCACAGCAGUGUUCACAGGGCAGGCAGAUUCCACGGGGAAUGGGACAGUGGUGUUGCCCUCUGAGGAGGUGAACGUGGUGGAUAUUGAUUCUUUAGUCCCCACCCAUGAUGAGAAGGGACGCCCAAUUGCGGAGUGGAAACGUCAGGUGAUGGUGCACAAACUGCAAGCCCGGCUUCAGGAUGAGGAGGAGCAGAGGAGAAAGGAAAAUGGAAACAAAUAUCUUCAGAUGGAAGGCUGGAGAUAUUCCCAAGCUCACAAUGCAAUCCUGGGUCCUUUCGGAGAGUUGUUGACUGAAGAUGAUCUUAUCUAUUUAGAGAAGCAGAUCGAGAAUGUGCAGAUGAAGAAGAAAUGUCAGGUGUAUGAGUCUGAGCUGGCCAGGUUGGCCGAAGAGCUAAGAACCAUUCUGCCUGCCCCCAUCGUCAAUAUAACUGUCAACACACAGUUCAUGCAUCAGAAUGCAGGAAAGGAUGGACAUAUCUCUCUACCUGUGUGGUGCAACCGCAUAUCAGGCAUUGUGAAGAGUAUGUCCCUGCUUCUGGCCAAUCUUAAUGAAAACAAGGAAAACAAGGAGAUCUCCAAGAUGCCCAACACUGAACUUGCAACCGUCUUCUCUCAGAGGCCAGAGAGGAAGAGCUCUACCCGGGGGACAAAGGAAAAGGUUGAGAUAGAGAUCCAGCAGUUUGGAGUGUCUGUCAGGAACUUGAGGUCCAACUUUGAGAGGCAAAGUCCCACAAAGGAGAGGACCUCUCCAUUUGAAGAAGAAAGCAAAGAGGAUAUUAUAGAAGAAUAUAGGCCGGAAAGCCCUGCCGUGGCAUCUGAAGCCGAAACUCACACCACAGGCACCAUAGAUCCACCAGAUCAGCUUGGUGAGGAAGACCAAUCCUAUCUGUCACAGCCUGAUGAUACCAGAAAUAUUUCACCGGUUCAGGAAUCAACUAGCCUGAGGAAAGAACGCAUUGUGGUCUUAUUCCUUGGUCACUGGAAGAAGUCAGCUUAUACCAUGACCUUAAAGAUAAAGGAUAUUAAGAGGAAACAGAGUCUUGCAGGGCAGGCAGCCACCGAGCAGGUAGAGGAGAAAGCCGAGGAGGAAUUGGGACAGUCCAAGAGGAACAUGGAGAAUGGCAAGCUAGGCCACUUCUUCCAGCAGAGAAGUGCUAUCAACAAAAUGAUUGGAAACUGGAGGAACAUUAUCUCUCACGUCCCCUCACGACAGAUACGACGCUUGAACCGACAGCAGAUUACAUACUCACCAGAGCAGUUCCUGCCUCGUGUGAACGGGGCUCCCCUUGACUACCACAGUCUGACCCUUGACCUCUUUAUGCUGGGCUACUUUCACAUACUAGAGCUGGAGCUUCCACCUGAUGAGAGAAAGAUGAGACAUCUGCUGUGCUUCGAGGUCUUUGACCACCUGGGCAAGUUCAGCUGGGAGACUGUCCGCAACUUUCACAAGGCGGUCAUUGAGGAGAUUGAUGCAGGCAGCCGGGAGUGGAAAGAUGGCUUUGAAGACAUCAAACUUAAGUUCUUUGGAAACGUGCAAAACCAGCCACUGGAGGCAACAGACUCUGCCAAGCAGACCAUCGCCACAGUGAGACAGGUGCCCAAAGUCAUUGUUCAAAGUGCCACACCAGAUGAAGAAGAGGACCUGAUAAGGAAGAGUGGCUCUGAUCUCAGCAGCUUCAGCAAUGAUGAGAUCUGCAAGUACAUCGACCGCAGCUUUGCCUUCUGGAAGGAGAAAGAGGCAGAGAUCUUUGACUUUGCAGAAUAGGCGCUGCCACCACUUUUUGUUCUUGUUGUUUUGUUAAUAGGUCAAUAGCUUAAAGGACUACACAGUAUGUCAUCCUGUUGGUCGACAGUUAUGAAUUUUAAAAAGUUAUUUUAACAAGAUACAGCAAUCACACACAACACAGACCACAAUUUGCCAUUGAGGAAACUGCACUAUUUAUUGGCAAAGCAUAUUGCUUGACAGAUAUCAGUGUGUGUUUUUAUUUUUCUUUAUUCUUCUCUGAAAUACUGUAAUUUACAAGGCCCUCUUAUUUGGUGCUUUAGCCAUUUUUACAUGCUGUGCUGAUGUCCUCUCUAAGAAGAUAGCUUUGUUAGCAAAAUUGUACUGCUCUGUGUAUCUAAUACAAUACAUUUUAAAAAGUCAUUCACAAGAGCAGCCGCAUAAAUCAGUAGUUGACAGACUUAAGCUUUGUAAGGGAAUUACAAAUGUCCUCACCAGGUAGAAAACCAUUUCUCUCUUGAUAGCCCUUUCGCUGCUAUUUAUCUAUUCUUAUCUUGAAUUAGCAAUUGGUAUCUGUAUCCAAUAGGCCCAGACUUUUCCCAGCAUGCCACAUAACUGGAUGCUAAAUAUUUGAUUAUUAUUUUCACAGUUUACAAAUCAAAACAGAAAGCAAUGUACACUCUAUACAAGUGGGAGCCCUGCGUCUUCAGAAAGUGUUUAAACUAGCUUACGAAUGAAUACGUUUUUAAGUACUUUUGUCAGUUUCUUAUGGUACUGCCGUCUUGUGGACACUUCCCACCAAAAACACUGAGCUAAGAAACUUAGUAAUAACAAGAACACUUAACUGCUUUUAACAAAAUAAAACAUGCAUAUGUUGUUGAAGUGUAACACUUUUUAUUUAAUAUACAUGUUGAAGUUACCCCUCCUUAAAAACAGAGUGUAUCUGGUGCUGAAUAUCUGUGAAUGAGAAAACAGUUAGUAAAAUAGAAUG